CUCUCUAGCGCCUUGGAGUAACAGAAAUGCCUAAGCUCAAAUACAAUCGCUUUCUCAGUUUCUUUUACAAAUUCAUGUAUAAAUAAUCAUGAAACAGUCACAAACUAAGGCCAUCCUUACAACAAAAGAAACCCAUCUUUCAUUCCAAUAAAUCAUUAAAUCUCUAUCCCAAUCCAGAUUUUUCCCAUGAUUUGUUUCUUCUGCUCUCCACCUACAGAUGCAGCAGAUACAGUUCAAAGGCAGAGUGUGUGGAGAAGAUAUAUUAAGAGAUACCAAUAUGGUUAUAUCAGUGGCUUCUUCUAGGUGGUGAUUUUCAUGGAAUGAGAGAAUUAAAUAAGAGCACAUGAUACGUCUCAAUGAUGGGGUCCUUUCACGUGGAGAAGAAAUGGCAAUUUCCUCUCAUUAUGAUCUCAUUUGUGUUCAUAUUCUUUCUAGCCACUUGCUUCAACAUGGGGCUUGUUUCUACAAUUCACAGCUUCAAUUCAAUAUUAUUCUUUCUUCCAUCUCGCCUAGCCAUAAACCAAUCUGCUCCAGUUUUUGUGGAGACAAAGAUUUCUUCUACAGCUCCAGCUCCUACUGUGCUUGCAAUUCCUCGCUUUGCUUAUUUGAUUUCUGGCUCAAAAACUGACUUGGAUAAGCUUUGGAGAACUCUUCUUGCCCUUUACCAUCCCCUGAACCAUUAUAUUGUUCAUUUGGACCUUGAGUCACCACUAGAGGUGAGGUUGGAGCUUGCUUCUAGAAUUGAGAAACAGCCUAUUUUCUCUGAGGUUGGGAAUGUUUUCAUGAUUCAGAAAGCUAAUAUGGUCACUUACAGAGGACCAACCAUGAUUUCUCACACUCUUCAUGCUUGUGCCAUUCUGCUCAAGAGAACUAAAGACUGGGAUUGGUUUAUUAACCUUAGUGCUUCAGAUUACCCUCUCGUGACUCAGGAUGAUCUUCUAUAUACUUUUUCUGGUGUAGACAGAAGCCUUAACUUCAUUGAGCACACAAGUCAUUUGGGAUGGAAGCAGGAAAAACGAGCAAUGCCUUUAAUUAUCGAUCCAGGUCUUUACAGGAGAAACAAGUCUGAUGUUUUUUGGGUUGGUCCUAAGAGAACUUUGCCAACAGCAUUUAAAUUAUUUACUGGUUCAGCAUGGAUGGUUUUAUCACGCUCCUUUGUAGAAUAUGUUGUGUGGGGUUGGGAUAAUCUUCCAAGGACCCUUCUUAUGUACUACACUAAUUUCAUCUCCUCCCCUGAAGGCUACUUUCAGACUGUGGUGUGCAAUGAGCCAGAACUAGCCAAAACUGUUGUGAACAGUGACUUGCAUUAUAUUUCAUGGGACAAUCCCCCCAAACAGCACCCUCAUGUCCUUACAAUCAAUGAUACAAACAAGAUGAUUGCAAGCAAAGCUGCCUUUGCAAGGAAAUUCAAGCACAAUGAUCCAGUCUUAGAUGAGAUUGAUAAACAAUUACUACAUAGGGAAAAGGAACAACUAUUCACCCCAGGUGGUUGGUGUUCUGGCAAUCCGACAUGUUCAAAGGUUGGCAACAUUUACAAGCUUACACCUGGUCCUGGAUAUCUAAGGCUGCGGUUCCUUGUAACUAGGCUAACUUGGAUGGCUAAAUUUGGUCAGAAACAGUGUAAAUAGAGAUGUUAUGGGAAUUUUUAUUGUUAAAGAGUUAGAGGAGUGAAACAAAUUAAGGCCACUUUAAUGGCCAGAUAUUUCACUCCAACAUUCAGUACUCCAUACUCUUCAUUUGCAGGGUACAACAGUCAUAGAUAUGAACAUAGUCAAAGUUUACACCUGAUACCAUAUUCAUUAUUAAAGGUGGAAAGAGAGUCAUAGUGUUGAUUGACAAUUUUCGCAAUUAGUUAAAAAAUGUCAUUAAUUUCAAAUUCUAGUAGUUC